CUAAAAGUGUCGAUGAUUAUAAAGAAAUUUCAAAAUAUUGGAUAACUAGAAAUGAUUCUAGUAGUGUAGCGAAUAUAUUAACAGGAAAAUGGAUUCCUGAAACUUUAUACAAAACUGACUUAGGUAAGACUGAGUCACAACUCACUAACAAUGAAAUAACUACUGAACCAUUAAAGUCGGUGGACUAUAAAUGCGAACAUAAAACCUGCGAAUGUUCUCGUAAUAAUUUCACGAGUCCAUCGAAUAAAAAAUUAUCAAAACCUACAUGUUUUUGUGACGUAUGUACAACUUGUACCGAUAAGAAACAGAAAUUUAUAAGAACAAAACCACUAUCAGCGAAAAAAAGAAAAAUGAAACGUGGUAUAAAUACAAAAAGCUCAAGAAAAUCUGAACUUACAAAAUCUACAACAUCGGAAUCGGGAAAAUUCGACUGUGAUCUAAAUUGUAGACGUAUGUUGAAUGCAAUGCAAUUAAAAGAUAAUAUCAUCGAUCAUUUAGAUUUUACCAAAGAUCGACGAAUCUUAGAAAGAGGUUACAUGUCGGAUUCGAAUAUAAAUUUAUGCCGUUGUGAACUACGUAAUCAACAUUCUCAAACUUCUAAUACUUUCGAUACUUUGAAUGCUCGAAAUAAAAUUAAUGUAAAAUGUUCGAAAUGUACUUCAUGUAAUUUACGUGAUUUAUCAGAUUUUCGAAGUUACAAUUAUCAAGAAACACAUGCUCCAAAAACUAUUACCGAUACAAUUAAAAUACCCGUACACACUUGUAUUUACCCGUACGAAUUGAAUGAUCGUUUAUUUGCGAAAAAUUCAUUUGGAGAUGAAACAUCACGAUGUUCGAUAUGUGAUCUGCCAUUGGUGACCGGUGUAACGGAUUUUUUUAAGAAGCCCGGUAGUGGAAUACAAAACUUUGAAUGGGAAUAUAUUAAAAAGAGGGAAGUUUUACGAAAACGUAUGGAGAAUUAUGUACCACAAAUGGCUGUUAUUCAAAUUCCUAUUUGUGUUAAAGAACCAAAUCAUUCGGUUAUUCCUCAAAGAAGUGGAAGAAAUAUUAAUCAGAGUUCUGGCGGACAAUUGCAUCGUUUGAAUGUAUCGUUGGGUAAAAAGAUUUAUCCUCGAGACUCAUUGGCAUUACGAUUUCAAAAAGGCAUGAUUUAAU